AUGUCGUUUGCAAACUCCUUCUGGACCCACGACUACCAUGUAGGGUACGAGGUGCUCUUUGACGAACUUGCUGAAGGAAUUAAAGAAAAUGACGACUUCAUCGAAUUAUUCACCAAACGUAUGGAGCUGGAGUUGGCAUACGGCUUAUCUCUUGAACAAUUGCCUUCGUCGCUCCGCUAUUCCAGCAAAAGACACGCCAAUGAAGAUUACGUACUGACUAUUAAGAAUGCCUAUGGCAAGCUCAACGAAAACUUCGCCAAACAAGGUGCAUACCACCUGGAGAUCGCACGCAACAUUCAGACGAUGGUAUUGGAACCUUUUCUGAAAUGGUGUGCUGACCAUGAGCAGAGAGUUGGAUACCUGGAGCUGGUGGUCACUGACCAAUAUAAACACUACAAAACUGCACGGGCCAAUUUGGACAAGUUGCUGAAGAAGUACUUCAACAAGUGCAGAAUGCUAGAGGAGUUCAAGUCUCACUAUUCUGAAGAGGAAUUGGCAGAAAUCGCUGAAGAUGUCCAUUUAAACGCAUCUGGUAAGGAUGAGUCCAACGACCCAGAAGAUGUAGAUAGUACCAUCUACACGUUUGCAGGUCACUCUUACGACUCCAAAACAGCUACUACCUUGUUGUCAGACAUGCUAAGCCAUAUCGAGUUGACGUCGCAUAAAGUUCCCAUCUUGGGCACCUACCACAAUGUAUCCAGUGGAAGUGCCAUUACACAAUGGCUUCUAGACAACAUGCCUGAGUUCCGUGGCAACAUUGCCAAGGCCGAGAAGUUUGGCCAGGAUUUGGUGACCAACGGCUUCAUCCGACUCAUUGGAUCGAUGGGUGCUAACAAGAACUUCAUCAACUCGUCGCAGUUCUUGUACCAAUGGAAACCUUUAGUUUUCGACAUGACGAAGUUGUCCGAAUUUGAUCUUUCGAAAACAGGUAAUACUGUCAAUUACGACCCAAUCGCAGCACAGACAAGCAGGACCAAUCAGCUCUCCAACUAUUUCGAAGACGUCAAGCAAGCCAUUGGUGUGACCACAGUGGACUAUACCGACAAGAGCCAGUACUUGAAACUCACGAAUGAGGUGAACACUUUGGACUUGCAAUACUUCCAGACUACCAAGGAAUUGGACAGAAUUAGGUGCACAUUCGAAGAAACCGUCAUGGACCACUUGUCGUUCAUGCAAAAGUGUGAGCUAGAUCGCUUGAAGGCCAUCAAGAAGGCAAUGUUUGACUUUUUGGCCACUUUCUCCAAUAAGGUGAGUGCUUUGAAGCAUGCUUGCGACGAGUUGUUUGUGGUGGAAGAGACUAUUCAUCCAGUUAACGACUUGAAGUUCUUGAUUGAAAACUACGCUACUGGAAAGUUCAAUCCUCGCGUCACUUUGUACGACAAUUAUUAUGACUCCAAUAUCAAGCAGACAUUUGGAGUGGAUCUCAAUGUGAAGUCUCGACUCGACAGAAAGGCUGUCCCCGUUAUUGUCCAGGCGAUUCUCUCGUACUUGGAUGAGGUAUACCCAGAAUUGAGUAAUGACGAAGAAAGAGUUGGCCUCUGGACACAACCUGUGCAUUUAUCUCAGGUGCAUGCCCUCAGAUUCAAGUUGAACGAAUUGACGGACAUUAAACAGAUACAUGGUUUCCUAAAGGAGAACGAGGCAACAACCGUCACCAAUGUUCUCAAGUUAUACUUCAUGGAAUUGCCAGACUCCAUAGUUCCCUACAGCUACUUUGAUUUGAUCAAGACUUUGUACCAGAACUACCCAGUUUCGGAUCAUGACGAGAACGUGGAUAAAUCUCGUAUCACCGGCUUGCAGAACACAUUGCUGGAGCUCCCUGUGUCCAACUUGGCUACAUUGGAUGCGCUUUUGACACACUUGACACGUCUUGUCAGCAUUGUUAGUUCCAAGAACGAGAAGUUGGCAUCUCAGUUGAAGACCAAAAUUUGCAAAGAAUUUGGAAACGUUGCAUUGAGACCCAAAUUAGACAGUUCCAUUGAAGAGAGAAGCCCCCAUCUUGACACUGCGGCUGUGGAACUACUUCAACAGAACUUGAUGGCUGAUUUCUUCGAGAAUAAAAAUGCUAUUUUUGGCGAAUUGAGAAGAAGAAACUCCAAACCAAGAGAAGCUGUUCGCAAGGACCACACUACUCUUCCAAGUGCAAAGACCAAUGUUAUGGAGUCGUCUAAAUCAAGAUUGGAGAACAGGCUUAAGAGAGCAGUAACCAAGACUUCCGGAAAGCCACAGGAAAGCGAUGAGGUGCCUCCUGCUCCUCCAUCGAAGACAAUAUCAAGAUCGACUUCGCCUGAGAAGAGUGGAUCUUUAUUGAGACGUUCAGUUUCGCCAAAGAAACGUCCUUCAUCAGUGAAAAAGGCUCAGUCUACAGAGUCUGUUGUCCAGGACGAAGUAAUUGUUGUGGAAGACUAA